UGCCAGAAAGUUGAUAAUCUAUGUUAGAACUCUAAAUGUCCUAGGACAUUUAAUCAACACUGUAGCUCCUCCUGGGUGUUAUCAAAAGAAUAAAUCCAUCCCACACAGUGAGACAUCAGGUGAUCAGAUAAUCCCCUGAUCACCUGGGGAUCACCAGCUCCAUAUGCUGGACAGACGCACAGCUCAGCCGCCUUCCUGAGCAGAAGAGUCUUUCAACAGGGUUAAACUUUUUCAAUGGAGGAACUCGUUCAAUGGAGGUCUAGUUCACCUGCUCUCCUUCUGGAUGCGAACCGCUCUGAGCCGCCUGGAGCUGGUAAGAGCAGCUGCGUCAUAACAAGUCCCCACUUGCUGGAGUCCACGACUCAGCCAGGUAUUAAACCGGUUCAGCUGCUAAUUAGAUCUCUGAACGAGCUGAUUGCAGGGCAGCAGGCUGCGCCUUAUGAGGCCAUGAAGACUCUGCAUGAAUCCUACGAGAAGGAACGAUCAAAGCUUUUCCCUCUGCCUGGAAAGCAGAAAAGGAUUAUUCAAACCGAAAGGAGCAGGUGCCCAAGAAGUAAUCCAGCCUCGAGCUCUGAAGUUGAACAGAAGGUGAAGAAUCACUUAGGAGAGCCAGUUGUCUAUGCAGACCUUUGCUUCAAAGAAAAAUCCGGUUCCUCUGUUUCUGCAAAGACAGACGCAGAGAGGAGCACAAUCAGCUGCUUCAAUCUGGGAGAUCUGAGAUACUCCCCGUCUGCUGAGAGGAAACUGCAGAAGAUCACCUCAGAAAUCAAGAGGAAGACAUGCAUCACCGUGUCAGAAAGGGAUCGCAAGAUAGCAGCUCUGAUGCUGGUCAAACAUCAGGAGGAGCAGGAGCGCCUGAAGCUCUGUCAGCAGGAGGAACAGGAAAGGCAGGAGGCUCGCAGGAAGGAGGAGGCCAGGCAGGCCCAAGCAGAAAAAGAACGAAGGAGGAGGCUUAAGCAGAGUAUGAAACACUGGCACAAGGAGCUGGAGGCCCGCAGGAGGCUGAGGCUGCAGGUGGAGCAGGAGAAAGCAGCACAACUCCAGCAGGAGAUGCUGCUCCAGGAGAACCGAUGGAGAAAGCUGAAGGAAGUGGUUGAGGUACAACGUAGAGAGAAGCUGGAGGCUGUUCUGAAGGAGACAGAGGAGCGUAAAAAAUACCAGGAAAGAUUGCUUAGGGAGAAGAUGGAGCUGCAGAAAAGGGAGCUUGAAAAGGAGAAGCAGGUGGCAGAAGAGAAGGAGGAGAAGGCCUGGAGAACCAGAGAGCUGCAGGAGAAGAGGGAGCGGAAACGGCUGCAGGAGGAGAAUCACAGAGAGAUGCUGCGUCACAUCCUGCUGAAGAGGCAAGCGGAGCAGAAGAUGGAGGAAGAUGAAGCGCAGAAGAGGAACUUGCUGGAGAAAAAGCUGCAGCGUUCCUCCGAGAAACGAGCCCGAUCUGUGGAGGCACAGCACAGGCGGCUGCGGGAGCGAGCUGCCCGGCAGGACGUCCAGAUCCAAAGAGCACAGCUGAGGGCCAAGCUCCAAACUGCCCAGGAGCUCACACACAAGCAGAUCCUGGUCCAGCAGAGCGAGCAUCGCAUGGAGAGAGCCGCCCAGAACGCCUCGGUGCUGCGCAGGAGCCGCACUCAGCAGAGACGAGAACAGAGCAGAGACAGACAGGUCUGCCACAAGCAGCUGAGUGAGAAGAUCCAGAGAGAAGAGGAGGCCAGCAGGAGGCGCAGAGAGAGCUAUGUCUGCAUGAAAGAGCAGAAGAGGGAGAGGCUGCAAAAACUGAGGGAGCAGAUUCUGGAGGAGGCACACAGGCUGGUGCAGGCCUCCUUUCAUUUGAGGGACAGGGUCAGGCAGCAGACACACAGCCGGACCUUCCACCAGAUGGCCCUGGAGGCUCAGCUGGCCGCCUCCAUGAGCAGAAUCAAAUUCUAAAGCAGCUCAGCUUUUUUUCUUUUCCUUACAGCACAUUUAAGUUUGCAUGUAGAUUUACUGUAGCAGGAAAAUGUCUAAGUGCUGCAUCAUUGUAAAGUGGGAAGGAAUUGCUUCCAAAACAUUUUUUAAAGAAAAACAUCUAAAUUGUGGGAUGUACAUGUUGCCAAGCCCUUUACUCUGCAACACCUCUAAGUGCCUUAAAAUUAUAAACACUUCAUCUUUACUGAAUUUAUUCUCAGUAUAGAACACUUUGUUUGAACUGCAGACACGACAGAACAUCAAACUUGAGAUCAGGGAACAAGGACAUUUCUCCAGGAUUUUACAAAUCAAAACUUUUUCCAUGAAGGAUUUUAGGUUCUUAUCUUAUCGUAUCUCUUAUAAGGUGAGAUAGUUUCUGAAAAUAUACUAGCUUUUUGUGACAAAGCAAAUAUUUCAAAUUCUUCUGGAUUUAAAAUCCUUCGUCCUGAGAAAAAAAAAGAAAAUAUCCUUUCGUAUUAGACUAGAGGUCUAAAACCUUGACGAUUUUGAAGAGUCAUUUCUGCCCUUGAAACUAGAGAGAAGGUUCAACUUCCAGCAGAACUACAGUAAACAUAAAAGUCAGAGCUGCACUGGAAAGGUUCAGAUCAAAGUACUGAAUAUGUUACAAUGGCCCAGUCAAAGUCCAGACCUAAACCCAACUUUAACACUCAACUUACAGCUUGAACUCUUUUCAACAAACAUUGUUUUUUUUCUAGUUUUCAGAUGUGUACAGCUGGUAGAGACAGAUAUACAAAAACAGAUGCUGCUUUUAUUUGUAAAAACAAAACAAACUGAACUGUUUUUCACCUCAAAAUUACAUGCUACUUUGUGCUAAUAAGUGGAAUCAAAAUACACUGAAGUUUGUGUCUGUAACUAGUGACAACAGAAAAGGGUCAAGUGGCACGGCAAACUUUUUUACAAGUCCUGCAAAGUUCAUAAUUCACCAGCUUGAGGGUAUUUCUACUAGUUUGGAUUAAAACAAUGUAAUUCAGGGC